AUGGGAAGCAAUAGCAGCAGGACACUGGAUGACCUGCAGACCUUGGAGAUUCACCACUGGUACAAGAAGUUCAUGACGGAGUGUCCCUCUGGGCAGCUGACGGAGCAUGAAUUCAAGCAUUUCUUUGGACUUCGAGGCCUGGACCCAGAGGCCAACCAAUACAUUGAGCAGAUGUUCCACACCUUCGAUAUGAACAAGGUAGGCCAAGGCUGCUGGGCUCAGCUGCGCCAGUUUUCCAAAGCCAAUGAACUAGCUGUGGUGGCCACCAAAGUAGCGGUGACAUUUUAA